AAUAGUGAAUGCUCUGCAGCUUCAAGACUAUUUGAAAAAAAAACCCAGAAAAUUACCUCCUGAGAUAACCAGAAAGCUGUGCUUCGCAGUGUGCAUGCUGGGCAACCCUGCGGUCCUGCUCCUGGAUGAGCCAUCAGCUGGCAUGGAUCCCAAGGGGCAGCGCUGUGUCUGGAAAAUGAUUCGUGCCGCCGUGAAAACCAAGGAGACAGGAGCCAUCCUGACGACGCACUACAUGGAGGAGGCGGAGGCGGUGUGCGACCGCGUGGCCGUCGUGGUGGCCGGGCAGCUACGGUGCAUUGGCUCCAUUCAGUACCUGAAGAACAAGUUUGGCAAAGGCUAUCUACUGGAAAUUAAGGUCAAGGAUCCGGAGCACACUGAUCUUCUCCAUGCUGAGAUUUUGAGGAUUUUCCCAAGUGCAGCCCGUCAGGAGCGGUUCCCCUCUUUGCUAGUCUACAAGGUCCCAAUGGAAGAUGCACUGCCCCUGUCUCAGUCUUUCUCCAAGCUAGAGGAAGCCAAACGAAACUUCAACCUCGAGGAGUACAGCUUCUCUUUGAAUACUUUGGCUCAGGUGAUUUUGGAACUCUCUCGAGAGCAGGAGAAGGAUGAUCUUGCACAGCAGGAGCCCUCCACGCACACGGUGUCUUUGCCGACAGAGCUGAACCGGGGCACGCUGGCCGUGCCGCAGCGCGUGCCCAUCGUCCCAGCGCGGAGCGG